AUGGCCUGGCUGCUUCCCUGCUGGCUGUGGGUUCUGGGGACCCUGGUGGGGCUCUCAGCUACCUUAGGCCUCCAGUGUCCGGAGAAGCACUACCAGGCUCAGGGAGACCUAUGCUGCCAGAUGUGUGAGCCAGGAAUGUACCUAGUGAAGGACUGUGAUGAGCACGGAAAGGCUGCGCAGUGUGAGCCGUGUGUAUCAGGGGUCUCCUUCUCACCAAACCACCACAGCCGGCCCCACUGUGAGAGCUGUCGGCACUGUAACUUUGGUCUCCGUAUCCGCAAUUGCACCAUCACUGCCAAUGCUGAGUGUGCCUGCCCCAAUGGCUGGCAGUGUCGGGAUAAGGAGUGUACUGACUGCGAUCAGCUCCCAAACUCUUUGUUGACCACUCGUCUAUCUCAGGCCCCAGGCCCACACCCACAACCCAACAGCUUACCUUACGCCAAAAGGAUCCCUGAGGCCAGAACCAUUAGGCCUGUGCAGACUCUGGCUCGUUUCAUGUGGCUGCCUGCCCCUGCACUUUCUACCCACCGGCCACCCCAAAGGCCCCUGUGUAGCUCAGACUGCAUCCGCAUCUUUGUGGUCUUCUCUGGAAUGCUACUUGCUUUCAUCCUGGGUGGAGUCCUGUUCCUCCACCUACAAAGAAAACACGGAUCAAACAAAGGAGAAAGUCCAUUGGAGCCUGCAGAGCCUUGUACUUACAGCUGCCCCAGAGAGGAGGAAGGCAGUGCCAUUCCCAUCCAGGAGGAUUAUCGAAAACCAGAGCCCACAACCUACCAGGGGGUGAGGGUGGAGGUCAUGUCAUAA